GGCUUGAAGGGCUUUUUAGGGAGGGAGGGAGAGAGGGAGAGAGAGAGAUGGAUGUAUAUCUGUCGAAUUUGCUUGUAAUAGCUGGUGUUUUGAUCCUACCAUGGGUUUGGAAGGUAUUCAACUACGUUUGGUGGAGACCCAAAAUGCUGGAGAGGACUCUGAAGAAGCAAGGCAUCCAUGGCCCACCCUACAAACUCCUCUCUGGGAAUAUAGUCGAUAAUUUCAGGGCGUUGAAGGAAGCACAAGCCAAACCCAUGGGCCUGUCUCACCAGAUCGUGCCACGUGUCGCCCCCUUCCAUCUUCAGACGGUGAAGAAUUAUGGAAAAACAUCCGUCACAUGGUUUGGAACAGAUCCGAGGGUGAAUAUCAUGGAUCCAGAACUGAUAAGGGAAGUCCUUUCAAAUAAGUUUGGCCACUUUACAAAGCCACCACCGACGUCACUGUUGAAGCAGUUAGUAACAGGGCUAGUGACCCACGAAGGCAAAAAAUGGGCAAAACAUAGGAGAAUCAUCAACCCCGCCUUCCAUGUAGAGAAGUUGAAACGGAUGUUACCAGCAUUCUCUACAAGUUGCAAUGAAUUGGUCAGCAAAUGGGAGCAGUGGGUUGGUUCUGAAGAGUCCCGUGAAUUAGAUGUGUGGCCUGACCUCCAGGCUUUAACGGCAGACGUUAUCUCACGGGCAGGGUUUGGUAGCAGCUAUAAAGAAGGAAAGCGGAUUUUCCAACUCCUAACAGAACAGUCAGAGCUUAUUAUGCAGGCUGUUCAGACAGCAUUCAUACCUGGUUAUGAGUUUUUGCCCACAAAAGGGAACCUAAGGAGAAGGGAAAUCGUCAGAGAAGUGAAAGCUAUUUUGAAGAGUAUGAUUGAGAAGAGGGAGAAGGCUAUGAAAACAGGGGAAGCCGACAAUGAUGAUUUGUUGGGCUUGCUAAUGGAAUCCAAUUUCAAAGAAUCCCAAGAACAAGGUAACUCCAAUAGCAUGAAUAUUGAAGAUGUGAUAGAGGAGUGCAGGCUAUUCUACUUUGCAGGGCAGGAGACCACAUCAAGCUUGCUGACAUGGACAAUGAUUGUGUUGAGUAUGCAUCCGAGUUGGCAAGUGCAAGCAAGGGAGGAGGUGUUGCAAGUCUUUGGGGAGAACAAACCGGAUAUUGAUGGCUUAAGCCACCUCAAGAUUGUAACCAUGAUUCUGUAUGAGGUUCUCCGACUGUACCCGCCUGCGAUAUUCCUCACUCGGUGCACUUACAAAAGAAUGCAACUAGGAGGAAUAAACCUCCCAGUCGGUGUACAACUCGCACUGCCGGUUCUCCUCAUCCACCAUGAUCCUGAGCUCUGGGGCGAGGAUGCAGAUGAAUUCAAGCCAGAGAGAUUCUCUGGAGGAGUCUCCAAGGCGACGAAAAAUCAAGUCUCAUUCUUCCCUUUUGGGUGGGGCCCUCGGAUAUGCAUCGGGCAGAACUUUGCCAUGAUAGAAUCUAAGUUAGCUUUGGCCAUGAUCCUACAGCGUUUCUCGUUCGAGCUAUCACCCUCCUAUGUCCAUGCUCCUUACACUGUUGUAACUCUCCGUCCUGAGUAUGGCGCUCAACUCAUCUUACAUAAACUUUAAGUGUCCAUUUGGCGUUUGUCAUGGAACUAUGUUGAUGGAAUCAUCUAGGUAUGGUUAUUUUAUUAUAAUUAUUCUUGUGAUGACAAUAAAUAUCUAUGUUUGGCAGUAACAUUCGCUAUCGGUAUUAACAUAUGUGGAUACCGCUAUCUAUUGUUUGGAUUACAUAAAUUGGGAUGUUAUAUAUUAAUCAUAAAAUAUUUGAGUUUUUUUA